AUGGCCACCGACGACACCAAAAAUUUCAAUCCCCCCACGACUCUUCGCCGCGUUUUGCGCGAUCGAUUGAUUUUGCAUUAUCAAAUCGUCAUGGUCACAGUCAUUGAACGCGCUCACUUCGGUCGCCAGCCCCCUCGCGUGAAGCUAUCCGCUGCCCAGCGCCACUUGCCGUCGCAUGUGGUCAACCUCUCGGGCGUUGUGCCCACGUCGGACGUCCGGCGGCGCCAGCUCGUCCAGGCCCAGCGUCGAUCCCGGGAAAAGUCCCGCCUCCUCAAACGUGUUGCCCUUCCCGUACCUCCACCUAACGAAUUCCCUCUGCAACCGUCCCGUGUCGAGGCGUACCACUCGGCCCUCACCCGGCGCUUCGUCGACUACUUGGCCCUAGUCACGCAGUUCACCAAGUCGCAAUGCCCCUCCACUCCCCCAGACAUGUUUAGCCAUGACGUCCAGUGCGACGGAAGCGCCGGUCGCCACGCUGUGAACGCACUGUGGCUCCAGUGGGCUACACUAUUUCCCGGCUACCAGUUGAGCGUCGUGGUGAUAGAUGUGGUGGCUGCAGACAAUGCAACGGCCAACUUGACCGUACGCGUGGAAGUGCAAAUGACGCUUGGAGACAGGACGUCGGCUUGCUUGCAGACGCCCCACUGGCGCCAACCAACUGACGUGGCGCUGCAAGGCUACUUCAUGGUGCAGUUCGACGGAGGUUCCGGGGGCAUAUUGAGCUUACAGCCCCAACUCAUCCAAAACAGUAGUACGUACGUACUUCCAAUGCAUAAGUCCAUUCACACAUCCCAUUGUCAAAUCGUCAUGGUCGGAGUCAUUGAACGCGCUCACUUCGGUCGCCAGCCCCCUCGCGUGAAGCUAUCCGCUGCCCAGCGCCACUUGCCGUCGCAUGUGGUCAACCUCUCGGGCGUUGUGCCCACGUCGGACGUCCGGCGGCGCCAGCUCGUCCAGGCCCAGCGUCGAUCCCGGGAAAAGUCCCGCCUCCUCAAACGUGUUGCCCUUCCCGUACCUCCACCUAACGAAUUCCCUCUGCAACCGUCCCGUGUCGAGGCGUACCACUCGGCCCUCACCCGGCGCUUCGUCGACUACUUGGCCCUAGUCACGCAGUUCACCAAGUCGCAAUGCCCCUCCACUCCCCCAGACAUGUUUAGCCAUGACGUCCAGUGCGACGGAAGCGCCGGUCGCCACGCUGUGAACGCACUGUGGCUCCAGUGGGCUACACUAUUUCCCGGCUACCAGUUGAGCGUCGUGGUGAUAGAUGUGGUGGCUGCAGACAAUGCAACGGCCAACUUGACCGUACGCGUGGAAGUGAAGUUCCAUAUCGAAGGCACAUCUCUCAGGGCCCUUUCGCCUCCAUGUGCAGUGUCAUCCUUGUGCUACCGAACGCUCAACAACGUAGUGCUAGCUUAUACCAUAGUGCUAGCUUAUGGGCACAUCCAGGUGCACUUCGACGGCGCUUCUGCCAGGAUCACGUCAUUGCAGACCAACAUUAGUUGCUUUCAACGGGCAGCAGUGGGCACACAGCGCUUGAAGAGGCGCCUAGGUCCCGCGUCAGCUCCAUAUGUGGCCUCGACAGACAAGUCAAAGCUCAGUUUACACUUUAUUCUAAACUAA